AUGCAUAUGCCAACAUAUACCUCCCACCAAGUGCUCGCCAACAUAUACCUCCCACCAAGUGCUCGCCAACAUAUACCUCUCACCAAGAGCUCGCCAACAUAUACCUCUCACCAAGAGCUCGCCAACAUAUACCUCUCACCAAGAGCUCGCCAACAUAUACCUCUCACCAAGAGCUCGCCAACAUAUACCUCUCACCAAGAGCUCGCCAACAUAUACCUCUCACCAAGUGCUCGCCAACAUAUACCUCCCACCAAGAGCUCGCCAACAUAUACCUCCCACCAAGAGCUCGCCAACAUAUACCUCUCACCAAGAGCUCGCCAACAUAUACCUCUCACCAAGAGCUCGCCAACAUAUACCUCCCACCAAGUGCUCGCCAACACAUACCUCCCACCAAGUGCUCGCCAACACAUACCUCCCACCAAGAGCUCGCCAACACAUACCUCCCACCAAGUGCUCGCCAACAUAUACCUCCCACCAAGUGCUCGCCAACAUAUACCUCCCACCAAGUGCUCGCCAACACAUACCUCCCACCAAGAGCUCGCCAACACAUACCUCCCACCAAGUGCUCGCCAACAUAUACCUCCCACCAAGUGCUCGCCAACAUAUACGUCUCACCAAGUGCUCGCCAACAUAUACCUCCCACCAAGUGCUCGCCAACAUAUACCUCCCACCAAGUGCUCGCCAACAUAUACCUCACACAUACUUUCGCCAAAGUGA